AGCCAAAAUAUUGUUUUAAUAUUCAAAUUAUGAAAAAGAACAAAUAAGUAUCUGCAAAAACUAAGUAUCUCAAAAAGAAAAAGGAAAUGCCGAGUGGUGUAGAUGAUUUGGCAACUCAUGAGGAAAAUGAUAUUGUUAAAUUUGCCCAAACUAAAUAAUAACAGAGCAAUAAAUUCUAAUAAAUCUAAUUAAAACCUACAGAUCUAAGUUCGAGUGACGAGGAAGUUGAGGUUUAAAACAAAGAUGAUCCUGAUGAACAAUCUCGAUUUGUGCUGGGUCUUAUAUAAAAAAAUGUAUUAAUUUAAGUAAUAUGGUUAGAGAGUUAAUGAAAAAAAUUCAUUUGACAUACCUAUGAUUAAUCUGAGGGAUUUAAAUGCCUUUAAAUGUAUUAUUAUUUAUUAUAUCUGUAGAAAUUGAAUAAGGAGAUGCUUGGAAACAUAUAUCAGCAUCCUUAGAUGCAGGUUCAAAAAUAUAUGGAUUUAGAGUAGAUCUAGUGCAUUAAAAUACGUUUAAAGUCUUGGGUGGUUUACAUAGAACUUAGAUUCCUGAUAAAUAAAAUUAAGAAGUUGAAUAAGAAUUUGAAUAAGAGUAAUUAAGAAAAAAGAAAUUACACAAUACUGGGGGUGAAAAUACUUUAGAAAAAAAUUAAGCCAACAUUGAUACCAAUAAAUACGAUUUAGAAUUUGAGAUUGAUCCUUUAUUUUAAUAAACUUCUGCAAAAUUUGAUGAAGCUGGAGCUAAGGGACUUUUGAUGAAUAAUCUAACAAUCAAUGAAAACCUAAUGCUUGCUUUAGAUUCUGAAGUUCUACCUAUAAAACCAAUUCAAAGCACCAUAAACAUUGAAAGUACGAUAUAUAUCGAAAUUAGGUUAUAAAUCUAUGCUCAAAAACCUCAAUAACUUAAGACUCUGUCCUGAAUUAACUGAAUUUAGGGAAAAUAUCUUUUAGAAAGGGCAAAGGUUGGUUGAUCUUAAAUAAGAGAAAACUUUUAUGGCCGUUAUGAAUCCAGUAGGAAUGAAUAUGGACUUUUAAGUGGAAGACCAAUAAUAUGAGAAUUUGCCAGAAGAAAUGAAUCUAGACGAUUAAGUAUCUAUUAAUUCUGGAAAUUAAAAUUGCUAAUCAUUGUUCUAAUAGUAGGGGCAAUAAUUUUAAUAAAAUAAAUUUAACAUUUUAAAUUUUGAAUAGGCAGCAGCCAACAUUGGAACUGGAAAAGUAUUUGAAAAUGAAAAGGAACAAGUUGCUUGGAUGGCGCUUGAUAUGAAUUUACAACCAAAGAAAAAGGUAACUUGCCCUUAAGCUGAUAAAACUAAGAAGAGUAAAUCAAAAAAAAAGAAUGGCCUAAAUUUUGCAUUUGGAGAUGAUGAUGAUGAAGAAGAAGAACUUGAUAGAAAAACAAUUAUGCAACCAAAGGAAAAGGAGAAUUAUUGUAUUAAUAAGGAUCCAUUAAAACAGUUAAAUUUGUUACCGAAAUCUUAUUAAAUUGAUAGAUAGGAGUAAUUUAUUUUUUAUUUAUUUUAGUUUAUAUUAGCCAUUUUAAAUUGCAAAAAUACCUCAAUGGGGAGAAGAGAUACUUGAUGAAGGAUAAAUGUAAAAUGAAAAUUAUGAAUAUGGUGGAGUUGAUGAUGAACUCCCAUAAUAGUUACAAUAAAACAUGGGAAUAGGAACUUCUUUGCGAAAUAAUCCAACCGGGAGACUCAAUAUACCUAUCAAAGAACUCAAAAGCCAAGUCUGGUCAACAUUAUCGAAGAAAAUACCAGUAGUUAAUUUAUGUAACAAUAGUUAUCAACAGAAAAUCAAGGAUUAGAGUUCAAUUAGAUUAAUUAAAUUUUACCUGAAAUCUUGAAAAUGCCUACAAAUAAAGGAAGGGUUUCCAUAUAAACUUGCUUUGUGACUAUGUUGCAUUUAGCAAACGAAUAAGGCUUAAAAUUCAUUUAAAACAAUGAUGAGAAUGAUUUUGUUAUAUAGCGUGAAGCUACAAAAUGAAAAUGAA